AUGCCUCACCUCUCUGCCAUCCCCUCUGAUGUUGCUGAUCGCUCCCUCGCCUCCUAUUCAGUGCUGCACUCCGCCUUCCUCUCCCCCAUUGCUCGUGCUUUCCCCCUUCUCCCCCUCUCUCUCUCUCCCUCUUCAUCUCAGGCUGAUCGCUCCCUCGCCUCCUACUCAGUGCUGCACUCCGCCUUCCUCUCCCCGGCCUCUCAAGCCGCCAUCAUGCCGAUCCUCUCCAACAUGGCUGACGUCACUGCCAUCCUUUCAGGCGGAUACUUCCAGGCAGAGCGGUGCAGGGUCUCAGUGGGGCCUGCAGACCUGAUGGCAGCAGAGGGAGUGGAUGCGAAUGCGGGUGUUGCUGCUGAUGGGACAAGCGAUGCUAUACCAGCGCUGGCAGCUGGGUACCCAGGCGCCGUUGCCGCAGUGAGGGUAUCAGGCGCCUUUAAGCAGACAUCAGUGUCGCAUGGUGACUUCCUGGGAGCAGUGCUGGGGACGGGGAUCACAAGAGACAAAGUUGGCGAUAUUAUUUUGCUGGAGGGCGAGGGAGCACAGGUCAUUAUCACGCCAGACCUACAAGACUUUCUGCUCUCAACACUCACCGCUCUGCACCGCGUGCCAGUCACCGUACAGCCCAUUGCUCUCUCCGACCUCAGUGUGUCCCCUCCCAGGAUUGACACUCUCCGCACGACGGAAGCUUCCUUGCGUCUCGACGCCGUUGCCAGUGCUGCAUUCCGCCUCUCCCGCUCCAAGUUCACCGACCUCAUAGCCAAAGGGGACGUGCGGGUGAAUUGGAGAGAGGCGACUAAGUCAGGGGUGGUGCUGAAGACCGGUGAUGUGGUGUCGGUGCGGGGGAAAGGAAGAUGCAAGAUUGGAGAGGUUACAACCACCAAGAAAGGACGCACUAUCGCCAUGGCGGAACCCUCGCCAGCACUGCCGAGCCAAACAGCCAUGGUGCUUGACGAGGGGAGCCAACCAGUCGAUCUAGUCAAGCACCCCUCGGGAAUCGUGCCUGUACUACAAAACAUAGUCUCUACAGUCAACAUGGAUUGUCGGUUGGAUUUGAAAGAGAUUGCACUCCGAGCUCGAAACGCUGAGUACAACCCUAAGCGUUUCGCAGCUGUCAUCAUUCGGAUACGCGAACCCAAGACUACAGCUCUAGUGUUCGCCUCUGGGAAAAUGGUGUGCACGGGCGCGAAGAGUGAAGAGCAAUCGCGGCUAGCUGCUCGCAAGUAUGCUCGUAUUAUUCAAAAGCUUGGCAACGACCAAGUGAAGUUCAAGGAUUUCAAGAUUCAAAACAUCGUCGGUUCUUGCGACGUACGCUUCCCCAUUCGAUUAGAAGGACUUCAGAUUGCACAUCAACAGUUUUGCAGCUACGAGCCAGAGCUUUUCCCUGGCUUGAUAUACCGCAUGAAGCAGCCUAAGAUCGUGCUCCUCAUUUUUGUGUCAGGGAAGAUCGUUCUUACUGGUGCCAAGGUGCGAGAUGAGAUCUACCAGGCGUUUGAGAACAUCUAUCCAGUGCUCAACUUAUACAGGAAAAUACAAGCAGAGCCAUUGCCACCUCCUGCGGAGUCAUGA